CAGAGGUGGAAAGAAAGAUGGCAGCGGCCGUGGUGGAGACGGCUCACGUUGCGCGAUGUGCGAACCGGAGUCCGCAGGCGGUGUCAUGGGGCCGAGGAGGGUGUGUGGCGAUCGCGUCCUGUCAUUCCAUCGUGAUUUACCAGCCUGAGAAACUAAGCGUGACUGAGAUUCUGAAUGGACAUAAAGGAAGAGUUAACUGUGUGCAAUGGGUUCAUAGAGAGGGUUGUGAUCCAGAGGUGGAGCUGGUGUCUGGAGCAUCUGAUAACUGUCUGAUCGUUUGGGAGUUGCAAAACUCUAAAUUUGCAGCAUCCACCUGGUUGAAAGGGCAUUCAGGAGCUGUGUGUGCUGUAACUGCUAUAUAUGAAACUAAUGGCCAAGAUCAAAGUCCAAAAUUGUUGAUUGCCUCAGCAGCAGCAGAUUCCUCUGUUAAAAUAUGGAGAAAGCAAGGUUGUGCGGGUGAAUGCUUACAGACCCUCUCCUUUGGAAAUGGAUUCAUGAUGGCUGUUGCACUAACACAGUUGCCAGGCGGCGAUGCUGUGAUUCUGGCUUGUGGUGGCGAUGACAGCAAUGUUUAUUUAUUUGUACAGGAAGGUGAACAAUUUCAGAAAAUUCAUUCACUUACGGGACAUGAAGACUGGAUUCGAGGAGUUGAAUGGGCUCUAUAUGAUGGAAACCUCUUAUUAGCAAGCUGCUCACAGGACUGCUUGAUUCGUAUUUGGAGAAUAUUCAUUAGAACAGUAUCUACUCCCAAGGAUUCGGACAAAGAGAUAAUUAAACUGAAGGAAGAUAUGUUUAGUGUCCAGAGUAAUCAGGAAGAGGUGACAUAUGCGGUAACAUUAGAAACAGUGUUGUCUGGUCAUGAAAAUUGGGUUUAUGGUCUACAUUGGCAUCCCCCGAUUUACAAAGAUAGCAGACUUGAACAGCCCUUAUCCUUGUUAUCAGCAUCAAUGGAUAAAACAAUGAUCCUUUGGGCUUCAGAUGAAGAAUCUGGUGUGUGGCUGGAACAGCUUCGUGUUGGAGAAGUGGGUGGAAAUACGCUGGGAUUCUACGGCUGCCAGUUUAGUCCUGAUGGAUCGAUGAUAUUAGCUCAUGCAUUUCAUGGAGCUCUUCACCUCUGGCGUAAGAACAAGUUCAAUAUGGGAGAAUGGAGCCCAGAAGUUGUGCUUUCUGGACAUUUUGGUUCUGUCCAAGAUUUGAUCUGGGAUCCUGAGGGAGACUUUAUUUUAAGUGUUGGUGCUGAUCAGACAACCCGAUUAUUUGCGCCAUGGAGAAGGCCAGGAUGUGACCAGGUGACCUGGCAUGAAAUUGCACGACCACAAAUACAUGGCUAUGACAUGCAGUGCUUAGCCAUGAUCGGUCGUUUUCAGUUUGUCUCUGGUGCUGAUGAGAAAGUGCUUCGAGUCUUCACUGCCACUAAAAAUUUUAUAGAAAACUUCAGUUCCAUUACCUGUUCGCCAUUUGAAGACAUGCUUUCUGCAAAAUUAGGUAAUGAAAUCCCUGAAGGUGCCAGUGUACCUGCUUUAGGAUUGUCAAACAAGGCAGUUUUUCAAGGAGAAAUAACUGCAAAUGCAAGUAAAAGGGAUCCAAGUGCAUUGCCUCUCAGUGCUGCUGACCAGUAUCCCCAGGCUUACUUUCAACCAAUCAGUCUUACAGAGCCUCCAUCAGAGGAUCAUCUUCUGCAGAACACACUCUGGGCUGAAGUUCAGAAGCUAUACGGGCAUGGCUAUGAAGUGUUCUGUGUUGCUUGCAAUUCCUCGUUGACUGUGGUGGCUUCAGCAUGUAAGGCUUCAAAAGUUGAACAUGCAGCAAUUAUUUUGUGGAGUACCUCCAGUUGGAAACAACUACUGCAUUUGCCUUUGCACAGCCUAACUAUUACUCAGUUGGCAUUUUCUCCAAAUGAUCGAUUCCUAUUGGCAGUUUCACGUGACCGAACCUGGUCUCUCUGGAAACAACGUGAAAUGGCUGAAUCCAAUACAGAUCCUUUUUUCUCCCUCUUUGCGCACAGUGAUAAAAAUAAACCUAUACACAGCCGAAUUAUUUGGUCCUGUGAUUGGACUUUCAACAGCAAAUACUUUGUCACUGGUAGCCGUGACAAGAAGUUGGUUGUAUGGGGUGAUGUGGAUCUAGCUGGAAGAAUUGAAGGAAGCCCUGGUAUUGUAAAGCCCUGUUCAUCAGUGUUGGAUGCAGGGGAUGCAGUGACAGCUGUCAGCUUCAGUCCUGUUACAAGUCCAGAUGGGAGCUAUAUUCUUGCAGUAGGUUUCGAUUGUGGAAACAUAUCAUUAUAUAAGUGGAAGCCAAAUGCAAAUCCAUCGGCAAAUGCUGACUGGGUUAAAUGUGUGAAACUCGACAAAUCACAAUGCCACACUCUAACAGUGAAGCGACUGUGUUGGAGACGACAUGUGGGGCGAGCAGGUUGUAAAGAUGAAGAUAGCAGUGACUGGUUACAGCUAGCAAGUUGUGGUGCUGAUCAUGGUCUCAAUAUUUUCAAUAUUAAUAGAUCAUCACUUUAGCAUACCUUAUUAAGGAUUUCUUGCAUCCAGCUAUCUAAGUAGGAAAAUACCAGCAAAUAAUGAAAAUAUGUUCUAAUGUCUGGAAACCUGUAUCUGGUGCCCAAGUAAAGUGAUUGCAAAGGAACAUUUAUUUAACAUGCAGCUAUUUAAAUGAACAUAUGGAGAAGUAUUGUACAGAGUUUUGGAUCAUUUGCUUACAACUUGUAUGACUCAAAAACGUUACACAGUUUUGCCACUGUACGACCUCCUGUCAUGGGUUUUGUGGAGGAGAGCAGAAACUAUGUACCAUUACUUGGUCCCAUCUGCCUGUCCGCCCCUUGCCCUCACCUUUACAUGAUAACUAUAUCCUAUUUACACUCCUCAGUUGUGGCGUAGGGUCUCAGCCCGAAAGGCUGACCUCCACAGAUAAUGCUUGACCUGGUGAGUUCAAUAAAUCAAUUGAGUAAAGAUUUGAUAUUUCCAGGUAUUUAUUGACAAUAGUAUUUUAAUAACAAAAAUAUAGAAGAUCCAAGAUAACUUCCUCAGAUAGCUGGUUCAGAUUUUAGUACCAUCAGCAAAUUAGAUUUUCUAUCCGCAGUACUUUUCCCUUCUUGUGCCUUGUUUAUUUGUGUGAUACAAAAUCUCAUUUGCAGCAACAGAUGCACAGAGAAUACAGUGAACCAUUCUGUCCAGUACUGGAUAUAUUUAAAAUCCGGAGUCGGCUGCUGGAAAAACUGAGACCCCAUUAGCAUGAAUGGGGUUACCAAUGCUGAAAAUUAGAAAAAGCCCUGUAUACAACGAGUUUUUUUUAUUUGUUGCCAUCAUCAGAUGUUUUCUAAAAUUGAGUACAACAGUGUUCCUAAACUUGUCUUCUCUAAUAAAGCAUUUGAAAUAAUGAAAACAAAUAGUUUCCCUUGUGCAGAAAGUAUGAUAUGUAGGGGUAUCCACACAAUAGGGAUAUAAACUGACAGCGAAUGAAGAAUGGAAGAGGUGUCUUCCUUUUUCAAAGAAAGGGGCUUCCCUUCCUCCACCAUCAAAGCUGCCCUCAACCGCUUCCCUUCCAUUUCACACACAUCUGCUCUUAUCCCAUCUUCCUGCUACCAUACCAGGGAUAGGGUUUCUCUUGUCCUCGCCUACCACUCCACUAGCCUCCGUGACCAGCACAUAAUUAUCCAAAACUUCUGCCACCAAGCACAUCUUUCCUUCCUUACCACAUUCUGCUUUCAGCAGGGAUCUCUUCCUGUGCAAUUCCCUUGUCCAUUUGUCCCUCGCCAUUGAUCUCUCUCCUUGCAAGAGAACAAGUGCUACAUCUGCCCCGACACCUCCUCCCUCACUCCUAUCCUGAGCCCUAUUCUGUGCUUCCGGUGUGGCCUCCUAUACGUCGGUGAGACACAAAGUAGAUUUGGAGACCACUUCGCUGAGCACCUACUUUCCAUCCGCCAGAACAAGCGGGAUUUCCCAGUAGCCGCCCGUUUUAAUUCCACGUCCCAUUCCAAUUCUGAUACAUCCGUCCAUGGCCUCCUCCACUGUCAUGUUGAGGCCACGCGUAGGAUGGAGGAACAACACCGUAUAUUCCAUUUGGGUAGCCUCCAACCUGAUGGCAUGAACAUUGAUUUCUUGAACUUCCAGUAAUUACCCCCAACUGACCCUGCCCUUCUCUAUUUUCUAUUCCCUUUACCCUCUUUCACCAAUCAACUUGCCAGCUCUUUGCUUUCAGGUUUUUCUCCAGUCCUCCUGAAGGGAUUCGGCCCGAAACGUCGACUACUGUUUUCCAUAGAUGCUGCCUCUCCUGCUGAGUUCCUCCAACAUUUUGUCUGUGUUGCUCUCUUUCUAGCCCUCUAUUUGCUCUAUGCCCAUCACACUGUUUCUGUCCCUGCCUCUUUCUUUCUAUAUACCUCUGUAGCUCAUUGUUUCUGACUCUCUUACCUCUGUCUAUAUAUAUAUAUCUCAGUCUCUUUGUUUUAUGUCCUCCUAUCUCUGCAAUGCCAGAUCCGGAAGUUGCAUUUAAAUUGGAAAUCUUUGCCUGCUCAUAUACAGACACACAAUUACAAAUUGUAUUAUAAACAAUAUCAUGGUAAUACUUAAAAGAUGAAUCAUUUUCCUUUGCAACAUUCAAAAUAAUUGAUCAUGUUGCUUCAGUGUUGGAGCAAGGUGCAAUAGGUAGUCUAAGAAAGAAAAUCUAUUAUAAUAGAAUAAAAUAUCACUAUUUUUCUUGAUUUUGAUCUUGAACAUUUCUGGUUUCACUUGCAUUCACAUGCAGCAAAAUGAGACACAUACGAUGAAGUACAUAUCUAUUCAAAGGAGGCCAAAAAAUGUCUUUUGAAAACUAUGUCUGCAGUGUAAAUAAAACUCUGAAAUUCAUCAAGCAAAUGGAUAAUGAUCCAGAAUCACUGUAGCUGUUACCAACAAUUCAGUUGUUUUCAUGCAGUACAAUUGCUGUCAUCAGAGUCCCACAUUUCCAACACUUUCUAAUUAUUUAACAGUUUACUGUGCAAAUAAUUACAUUUGUACAACAGGUACUUCUUUUUCACAUUGCUCGCUCUUUGCAAUCAACCAUCCAGCAUAUUACACAGCAAUAGGAAGGUUUUCUGAGGUAUACGUAAUCAAGUAAAUUUCUCCACGCAGAAUAAAAAUAAAUUGCUGGGUUCUGUAUAAAAUUACAGUGCUAGUAAAAGAAAUAUACAGUUGCCUUGUUAUUAAGUAUAAUAAGGCAGAUUAGACUUGGAACAAUAUUUAUUCUCUGCACUUUAUGGUACACAGCUAGUUCUGUGUACAAGUAUUUUUUUUUCUGUCAUUACCCUCAGCCUAUGUACAGCUUGCUUCCACAUUUUUUUUCUCUCAAUGAGUUGAUCUUGAGAGUAUAACUGACAUCCUCUUACGCCAUCUGUAUUAUAAAGGUUAAUGAAUUAUGGGUGACUUACUUGACUUACUCAUUCAUGUUCUUCAUUUGCUAAUUUGAUACAUGUCCAACUCUGAUGAAUUUUGAUUUUAUUUCUGUAGUGCUUUAUAGUGGAAAAUACUCUAAUUCACAAAACAACGUUUUGUUUUUAUAGAAGCUUUUUUGGUAAAAGCUGCUAUUUAAGUGGCCUACAGGAUAAACUAGCUGGAGCUCGACAGCAAUCAUUGUAAACCAAGAGAGGGUGCUGCUUGAUCAUUUUAGCAUCAAUGACAUGUUUGUGUUCCAAAUAAAAAUACAAG